ACAGAGAAGAUCAAUCUAUCCUCUGCACAGGCGAGUCUGGCGCAGGGAAGACAGAGAACACUAAGAAAGUCAUCCAGUAUCUGGCUCAUGUGGCCUCGUCCCAUAAGACUGGAACUCUGGGUAGAAACAAGGAGGCCUCACAGAUGGAUGGCAGUAGGUCGUUGCCCCGGGGCAGUUCCAUGGUGAACAGGAGUGUGCAAUAUGGGGAGCUAGAGAGACAGCUGCUACAGGCCAACCCCAUCCUGGAGGCCUUCGAAAUGCCAAGACCGUCAAGAACGACAACUCCUCCAGAUUUGGCAAAUUCAUCCGUAUUAACUUUGACCGUGGCUGGAUACAUUGUCGGUGCCAAAUUGAGACCUACCUGCUGGAGAAGUCGAGGGCGAUCCGUCAGGCAAAGAUGAAAGGACCUUCCACAUCUUCUACCAACUCAUGUGUGGAGCUUCAGAGGCC